AAAUCGUGAAUUCUGAAUUCGUGUUUAUUAUGCGUCUACCGUAAAUGAGGUUCGCGGUUCGCUUUGUCGUUUCACGUUUGUGCAAAUUUCGUUCGUUUCACUCGAGUGGAGUAACGAAGCAAUUUGUUUUGUCUGAAGAUAAGACCGUGUCUGAGAUAUUCUUGAAAACCGAUCGUUGAACUGUGCGAUCGCGAUGAUGUGGUGCCGUUUGAAUUAAAGCGUGAAAUACGUUCUUCACGAUAUCUUUUAGUUUAUUGCGAAGAUAUUUUCCAGCAGCUGCAUCGAUUUUCAGCGUCACGUUGUGUUGCGAAUUCGUUUGAACUCCGAUUUUCCCAAUUCUUUCCCCAAUUUUGCAAAAGUUUUCAGACAUGUACAUACAGUUUUUGUAAUAUAACGAAUUUCGCGUAACCUCUCUUUACGCCGGUUUUGUGCAGAGCGAUUGUCCUGUUUUAAAAAAUUUGAUAACGAAAAAAUAUGUCUACGAGUAAGAUACCUGGCGAGGUAGUCCCGUCGAAGAAGGAAAGUCAAGGCUACAUCGAUGAUUUAGGGAAGAAAGAGAGGUUUCAGUUGGAAGAGCUUUUAGAAAGGCAGAAAAAAAUUCUUGCCAAUAAAAAGUUUAUCUCGAGGCUUCCCGACAAAGGAGAGAAAAUUAUAAGUUUCCACGAUAAGAUACUGAAGGAGCUCGAACGUAGGAAGGAAGUGGAAGAGACGGCUAAUUUGCUGUCGCGGCUUAACAUAGCAUCCGAAGGCAAAGCGGCUAUGAGCAAAUUGGAAUGGACAGGAAAAUAUAGUGAUAAGGAUGACGAAGAUACGACAAAGGUUGUUGAGCUGGACAGCGACGAUGAGGAAGACCCAUUGAAGAUCCUAGCUCAGCCUACAGGAACUGGUGUUCACAAUAAGAAAAUUAUACACUUGGCACCUGAAGAAAGCCUCAUCAAACCAGAAGAUAUAGCAGAGAUUGAAACCUUCAAAACAGAUUCUUUAGAAGUGAAACACGUGAACUAUAUCAUUGACAAAGUAGAGAAGACACAGGAAAUGAAUAAAAGGGAGCCGUUUAAGCCAUAUAAAACGACCAAGAGCAACGUGCAUGAUCCAAUGAAGGAAAAGCAAAGAAAGCUGCAUAAAAAUUGGGAGGUCACCGCAGCUACACCGCCUCUUAUAGUUGGCGGAGCAGCCAAGGUUUUGAGCUUGAAUGAAUCUUUAAAAUUGCAGAAAGAACAAACUGGAAAAUUACAGGAAAUUCAAGCAAAACGUGCAGUGGAACGUCUAGCUUCACAAAUAGGACUGCCUGGUACUAGUCGAAAUUUUGAUAAUUACCGUUCAAAAUAUACAAACGGCUUACUUUCCUCGUCUUCUUCCUCCGAUAAUGAAGAAGAGCACGAAGUGAACGACGAGGAAGAUGACGAUAGAGGCGGAACAGUUGUGUUUACUGUGGAUUCUAUAGAGAGUUAACAAAGACUGUUAUGUUGUGUGUGUGCACACAAAAAAUGUUUAGCUUUAAAAAUAUUUAUUUUUACUUCAAUAAAAUUAUUUUCAUUA